AAUAUACCUGCUUUUGUUAUAUACGAUCUAUCACAUUUAGUAUAACCGAGUCAUUCGUCUAGCACUGUAAAAGUUAAGGACUUUACUAUUAAUUAGAUAUAUGGAUGGGCUUAUAAGCAAUUAUGAAGAAUAUAUAGGCAUAGUCUAUUUACCUAUUCCAAUAAAGAUAAAUCAUUGGGCAAAAAACUAUGAGAGAGCCUCAACUGAUGGCGGACGAACAUUCUACUUUUCAGCAACCAAAUCACUCCCCUGACGUUUCCCCUCAAAUCAUACAAGAUCGUGUAUCCAAUUGGACCAAAACCGGUAACCCAUAUUCAAAGGCAGAUCAAAUGAUGAAUACCAAAUCCGAUAUGAUGUCUGGCUUAAGGCCAAUUUCAUUAAACCCUACAUACCUAUCGACACGGACGAAGCCCCUGAUUGGGUCCGCGAGCUUACCCAGCAAAUGCGGGUCUCCCGCAAAGACAAAGAAGGCUAUGGUCAAAAACAAGAGGAUUAUGAAGCUUUUAAGAAGUUGAUCCAACACGGGCGAAUCGAGACCGACAAAAUGGUGGCAGGGCUGCCACUCACGUGGAGAGACGUUUUAGACAAGUUUAGCAUACAGUAUGAGAGCGAAUAUACGAAGGAUUUCUUAAAUCUUUUCCCAAAUCCAACAAAAUUACUCAACCCAGUGUCAUAUAGGCGUUAUGGAUAUCGCGACGGCAUCCUACCUCACUUCAAGAACUAUAAACAUUGGGAUGCUCUUCGAAUGGACAACCUAUAUUCGACGCGAGGUGGCGGUACUUUUUGGGACGCGCAACGACAAUGCCUCGUUUCCUGCGCAAUAGCAUUACAAGCUACUCACAAUGCAAUCUCCGACUACAAAGAGGCCGCUGUUUUUGGCGUGGUUAUGGAUGAAAGAAGUGUAGAGUUCUAUGUUGCAUGGAGACAGCAUAAUGCAGAUUUCGAUGAAGAUGUUUUCCAUAUGGCCAUGUUUUGGGUGAUUGGGGUGACUGAUAUGAUUGAUACCAAAGAUGGUCAUGACAAGCCAGGGUUUUUUGAAUGCAGUGAUGUGUUGCUCAACAUCCACGAGUGGGCAUCAGCCGAAAAGAACCCAACGGACAGGAAGAGAUUCAUUCGAGAUCGGCUUGUGGAGGAAUUCGCAAAAGAAGAGCCGCAUGCAAGACUAACUGCUAAACCUACGAUCGUCAUCAGAGCUUUGGACUUGAAUGAUGAAUCGGGAGAUGACAGCAGUUGUACCUAG